AAAUCAUACAAUAGACGAUGUAGACAGGAAACGAGUUUGUUCGUUGACCAGUUGCCUUUAUAACAAAUUUAACCUAAUCUAUACCAUUUAUAUGAAAGUCAAAGCACUCGAUUUUUAAGAGAGACUGGUAUGCUAGUUGUUUGACACCACAAGAUCCAGAAUGAGACGGUGAACACAAAUACCUGCGCGAGGGUAGCAUCGAGUGAACCUGGAGUAUCAGCCCAGCUCAGGCACCUUGGCAGAAUGGAUCCAGAGAAGCACAGUCACCAGAGGGAGUAUAGAGAACCAAAGGCAUGCAGUCAGAGGAGGGAGUAUGAAGAAUCAGAGAGGUACAGUCGGCAGAGGGAGUACGGAGGACCGAGCUCAGGACAAUGGGACGAUAGCUUUGAGAAGAGAGGCAAUGGCCAGGCUAUGCCCCGAGAGCCCUACAGUGAAUACUCCAGCAUGAGGCGAACUAGAGAAGGUGGGAAGGAGUAUGGUGCUUCCUCUGCUAUGAGCUACAUCAUGUACCCAUCGUCCAGAGACUGGAGCAAAGGCUCAUUGAGGGGUAGCAGUGGUCCCUUCUCCCCAGACACAGAUAGGGACAUUUAUGGAGAUCCUGUGGUGCUCAGUGUGGAGGACCUGGAACUCGCUCGUAAGAAGAAGGAGUUGAAGGUCAUAGAGGGAAAGAUAGCUCGCAAGAAAGCUGUUCUUGCUCUGCAAAAAGUUAAACGCAGAGCUAAGGACAUGCCUGAAACACAGGCUGCAUCCGUAACAGUGAAGGGCAUGUCUAAACAGAGGAAGGUAAACGAUACAACAUUCCAAAGAUACAGUAAUGUUGUGGACCAGUCUUCACGCAUAUGCCUACCUCUUAAACGGAGGGUGCUGGACAUUCUGAGUAAGCUCAGAAGAACACCGGUACGGUACCUACUGCAUAAGGAUACUCCUGCCAAGCUGAAGAAACAAAACAAGAUGCGAGCAUUGGAGCUGAUGAUUAGCGCUCCCCUAGAAAAUGAAGAGGCCCAUCCUCUGAGACUGAGAGUGAAGGGUUUAAUGAACCAACGACGCUCUCCCAACAAUGAGGUGAUCGCUAAUGAUGGACAACAUAAUCCAACCAUUCAGAGGCCAGUUCACUCACUGAGGACACAGGAGAAAGACAUAGUAGCCACAGGCUUCCAGCGCUUCCUCAAUGUCCUCAAUGAAGGAGUGGACCUCAACAAGCUCUCAAAGAUCGUCAACGACGAAAAUGAGCAACUCAUUGUGGGCGAGGAGCUACCACAAGUUUGGCCGACUCUGCUCGAGGGUCAUGUUGACUACAGCAGUAGGUCCAAGUCUUCUCCAUUUGAGGAGAAGAAGGUGAGGCUUGAGGAUGAGCAGCGGUACGAGCGGAUGCAGACCCUGCUGGAGAUUGUUGGGCUGGACUUGGGGGUUGAGGAGUUGGGUCGGCUGACAGACAGGACCAAUGAUAGGCUAUAUGGAAAGAUGGGAGACUUGAAAAGGGACAGAGCCAGAGAAGGGGAAAGUCCUGCGAGAGAGAGAUGCAGGCAAAGAUGCUCUAGUACCAGAGAAAAGGACAGAGACAGAUCUGAGAGAAACCGAAAGGGAGACGGGCACAGACACUCUAGUACCAGAGAGAGAGACAAGGACAUACCGGUAGUCAGAGAAACUAACAGAUCAGAAAGGAACAGAGAUAAAGAUGGGGACAGAGACCCAGAGGAGGACUGGGACGGAGGCCGAGAGAAAGAACGGGACAGAUCUAGGAGAGACGGGGGCAGAUACAGAUCUGAGAGAGACAGGGACAGAGACCCAGAGAAAAGCAGAGAUGGAGGCCGAGAGAAAGACCGGGACAGAUACAGAUCUGAGAGAGACAGAAAACGAGAGAGAGCCAAGGAUGUAGACAGGUGGCUGCAAAGGACCAGAGACGGAGACAAACGUUCUAGGACCAGAGACUGGGACAGAGAGAGAUCUGAGAGGUAUAGGUAUGGGGAUGAGUCCAGUGAACGCUCCAUUGAGCUCUACUCAUACUCCAUGGACCCUAUAAGCCCUGUUUCUCAUCCCCAUGCAUCUAUGAUGGCUACCUACUCCACCACCCAGUACUCUCAUAUGACGUACCACAGCAGCCCCUACACCAUGGCCUUCCCUCCAGGGUGGGGUUAUCCCGCUGGUACCAUGCCCGCUGGUAUUAUGCCCCCUGGUAUUAUGCCCCCUGGUAUCAUGCCCCCUGGUACCAUGCUUCCUGGAAUCAUGCCAGCUGGUGCCAUGCUGCCUAGUAACAAGCCCCGCCAACCUAACCCCCCUGGGUAUCCACCCUACACCAACUUCCCCCCAUAUUACUCUAAUUGUACCACAGCCUUAAACCAGACAUACACAUACACCCAGCCUGCCAGCACUCGAGUAGUCUUAAGUCAGAGAUUCACAUACAUCCAACCCACUAGAAACCGCAGGAAAAAGAAAAAGAAGCAUGCCCGAGGGAAAGUGUCCUGUCAGAUGGUGACAAAGAAGUCCCCCGCGGUUUUGACCACUCAGAUAGCGACAAAGAAGUCCCCCCCCGAACCAGGGUCCAAGAUUAAAGCAAAGGGGAGAAACAAUAUAUUCUUCACAGGUAUAUUCAUGAAGAGUUAUCACAGUCAUCUGAGGAAGUUCCAGUAUUAUUUGAAACGGCUUGCGAAGAGGAGGAAUAAGGUUCACCAGCGCAAAAGAAAGCGAUUGCUUGCAGAAGCAGCAGGGAAAGUGGCCCCUCACUUCCCCUUUGAACCGGAGCCCAAGAAAGACUGGGAGAAACUACAUGCUGACACUUCUGAAGAAGUGGUUCCUCAGGAAGCUGCAAAUAAUUUGGAGGCACCAUCUGAAACAGGGCCUAAGAAAGAACCAGAAGGUGAGAAACUACAUGCUGACACUUCUGAAGAAGUGGUUCCUCAUGAAGCUGCAAAUAAUUUGGAGGCACCAUCUGAAACAGGGCCUAAGAAAGAACCAGAAGGUGAGAAACUACAUGCUGACACUUCUGAAGAAGUGGUUCCUCAGGAAGCUGCAAAGAAUGUGGAGGCACCAUCUGAAACAGGGCCUAAGAAAGAACCAGAAGGUGAGAAACUACAUGCUGACACUGCUGAAGAAGUGCUCCCUCAGGAAGCUGCAAAGAAUGUGGAGGCACCAUCUGAAACGGGGCCUAAGAAAGAACCAGAAGGCGAGAAACUGCAUGCUGAUGCUGCAGAGAAAGUGGCUCCUCAGGUGACUGCAAUGUACACUGCGGCCCCCUCUGAAAUGGGUCCCAAGAAAAAAAAGUUGUAUCCAGGUAUCUUCAUGAAGAUUCUAAUGAGACGUCUAAAGAGGCAUCAGUGCAAGAUUAAAGGGAAGAAGAAGCAUUUUGCAAAGAGGAGGAAAAAGGCUUUCCAGUACAAAGGGAAGAGACCAUUGGUAGACACUAAGGAAAAAGUGCCUCUUCUAGAGGCUGCAAAGGACUCUGGGAACCCCUCUGAACCAUGGCCCAAGAAAAAGAAAAAAAAGAAAACACUAGAGGAAAAAGGAGGUAUAUACUACCCAGGGAUAUUCAUAAGGGUACACAGAACCUAUUUGACAAGGGGGAAACUGGCAAAGGCAAAAGCAGCUGCUGAAGGCACUGAGGCCAUUUCUGAACCAGCACCCACGAUUGAAGGGGGGGGGGGGAUGACAGAAGGGGAGGAACUGCUUGCAGACACAUUAGAGAAAGGGGUUCCUCAAGUGGCUACAAAUGACUCUGGGCUUCCCCCUGAACCAGGGCCCAACAUAGUUUCUUCCUCUCUUUCUGGUUCUAUGUUAGAAGAUGAGAAACUGCUUGCAGAUCAUGUGGCGAAAGUGUCUGUAAAGGGCCCUCAGGUCCUCUUGGAACCAAAGGCUGAGAAAGACAGAGAAGGAGAGGACGACGCAAGUAUAGAUGGUGAGAAACUGCUAGCAGACCCUGUGGAGAAAGUGGCUAUAACGGGCCCUGGCUUGCUCUCUGAACCAGAGACUGAGAAGGAGACAAGGGGAGAAACAACCAGUGGCAUGAGAAUUAAUGAAGGAAAAAUUAAGCUUGAAGAGUUCAACCUGAAGAUGGGCACGUCUAACACAGCCUCAAAGGAUGGCUAGCUGUUAUCUUCACUUGGCAUCAUGAGCUCAUCGCACACUAGAAUAGAACCUGCUGCUGACCCAUCCAGACCCUAUGGACAUCAGUUGGCUUACAUUCUUACCUAUCAACCAUUUAAUAGAUUUGUAAUCACAAAAAAAUUAUUUGUUCAAGUUUAGCCUCAUCCUUAAAUGCUUCGUAUUGAAUUUAUUUUCAGUGUAAUUUAUUGAUAUUUUGUGGGGUAUGGGUAGGAUCUAGCACAUUCAUAUAUGCUAAGUACCUUUAGCGCCUAUUGAUGAUAGUAUCUUCUGGCUGGGGGAAUUUAAUUAAGAGCCUCGACCCUUGCACUAAACGUUAACACUUGCGGCCUGAUUUUGGAACAUAAGGAACUAUCUUUCAUAUCAGCGUUGGACAAAAAUGCACCUUUAUUGGGUAAGGGUUCCUACACGGCCAUAUUUCCAUGUUACAGUGCUUGUUUACGGAAAACGGAUGGAAGACUGAGUCGACUACCUUUGCUAAUUACCGAUCUGCAUCUCCAAAACCCUGUGUGUAAACGGAAGAUGGACGCCACAAACUCGUUGUCACUGAAAGAUACUGUCGGCUGCAACUGUUAAAACCGUUUUUAUAAACUGGGUGGUUUGAGGCCUGAAUUCUGAUUGGCUGAAAGCCAUGGUAGAUCAGACCAUAUACCAUGGGUAUGACUAAACAUUUAGUUUUACUGCUCUAAUUACAUUGGUAACCAGUGUAUAAUAGCAAUAAGGCUCCUCUGGGGUUUGAUGUAGGGCCAAUAUACCACGGCUAAGGGCUGUAUCCAGGCACUCCAUGUCACGUCGUGCUUAAGAACAGUCCUUAGCCCUGGUAUAUUGGCCAUAUACCACAACUCCUCGGGCCUUAUUGCUUAAAUAACAGAGUAAGUGUACAUUUUGCAUAUGAAAGUAGAUGGCUUGAUGUUUCUAGAACCGUACUGCAAUUAGAUGGAGUAUUUGGCUGCCAGAGACAAUUUACCUGUUCUAAAUCAAAUAAGGGCGUGGAGUUUAUUUGGUCUGGUCAUGUGGUCAAGAGAAAUUCCUGGCCCUAGAUAUAGUACAUGUGUAUCAAUCCGAUAAAUGCUAUUGACGGCAUUAUGUUUGUAAGUUGUCAUGCCUGAUAGCUAAAAGUAAGAACUGCCCAUGUUUCAUUCCCCAGUGCAGUCAGCCCUCCUAUUUCUAUAGAUCUUUCACUUUGUAAAUAUGUAAUUGAAUAAAAUAUUCGGUCUAUUGUAA